GCCAUGCACAUGCGCAGUAGUGCUGCAGCCGUCAGAGUUGGAACGAGCGCGGCCGGUUGGGAGGUCGGGCGGCUGGUUCCGCUGGCAGCCCGCCCCCCACCCAAGGUGGGGAGGUCGCGGGGCCCCAUGGCUGCCGUGUUCCUGGUGACGCUCUACGAAUACUCCCCGCUCUUCUACAUCGCUGUGGUGUUUGUCUGCUUCCUGGUCACCAGCGGCCUGGUGCUGGGCUGGUUUGGUUGGGAUGUUCCUGUGAUACUGAGAAAUUCAGAAGAAAUAGAAUCCAGCGUAAGAAUAUCCAAAAAGCAGAUGAGACAAGUGAAGAAUCCUUUUGGCCUAGAAAUUCCGCAUCCUGCUGCAGUUUCCAUAACAAGGGGUAUAACACUGACCCCUGAUUGUCUGGAAGACUGUAUCCUUACAUGCUACUGGGGAUGCAGUGUUCAAAAACUACACGAAGCUUUGCAGAAACACGUCUAUUGCUUCAGAAUAAAGACUCCACAGGCACUAGAAGAUGCUCUCUACAGCGAAUAUAUCUAUCGACAGCAGUAUUUCAUUAAAAAAACCAACAAGGAAGAAAAAUACUGUCAGUUGCCAGAAGAUGCUCAAAUUGCAGGCUUUGGCCCAGUGCCUAGAUCUCGUUACCCACUGGUAGCUUUGUUGACUUUAGCUGAUGAAGAAGACAGAGAACUAUACGACAUUAUUUCAAUGGUGUCCGUAAUUCAUAUUCCCGAUGAGAGUUACAGACUUUCCUGCAGAAUAUUAUAUCAGUAUCUACUUCUGGCCCAAGGUCAAUUCCAUGACCUUAAGCAACUCUUUAUGUCUGCAAGCAGCAGUGCCCCGCCCUCGAGCAAUGCCUCUGGAGACAGCAGCACUGACAAAAGCUUGCUGGAAAAGGUUGGACUGGCCGAAGUUGAAUCAGAAUUACAUGAGGAAAACAGUAAAGACUGUGUCGUCUGCCAGAAUGGAACAGUGAACUGGGUCCUCCUGCCUUGCAGGCAUACGUGUCUGUGCGAUGGGCGCAUCUAGAGACACCAGCUGAGAUCUGGCCCCAUUGUGCUGCGUGCUGUGAAUACACAUAACCAGCUCGGAACAGCUAGCAAUCUACAUAGACAAAUACAAAUACAGGUGUAGAGAGGUGAGCUGAUUUGCUUAAGGACGCAUAGUAGGUCAGUACCAUGGGCGGCGGGUGACCUGCUGGCUCAGGGAGGCUAGCCCCCUCCCCUCCCUUUGGCUGCAAGCCUCUCCCCCCGGCUCGCCAGGCUGGGUGAUGUCCGGCCCCCGGCCCCAGAGUGCCAGAGAAGCAGCACACAGCCCCCCCAGUCCCCAAGCACCAGGCGGGCAGCACACGGCCCCCCAAGCGCUGGGUGGGUGGUGCACAGCCCCCACCCCUAGCACAGAGUGGGCAGCCCCAGCGUCCGGGGGCCCCUCAGCAUUUGGAGGCCCCAGCAACCCCAAGUCCCAGCCACAGGCCAGCCACGGCCUCCCUAACGUGGCCCCAGCCCCAGCACGCUUCCCUGAAGACGAGUGACCAGCCUGCCUGGGCUGGGGCCAAAAGGGAAGGGCAUUAGGGCAAGCAGGAGGGGGCCUUCCGGGCAGAGCAUGGGCCGGGCCACACCAGGCUCUUUGGGGAGGCACGGCCUUCACCUACCUAUGCUAUGUGCCGCCCAUGGUCAGUACCAGCUCUUGGAGGAGAACCCAGGCAUCCUGAGUCCCACUCUAGUGCCCUGUACAUCAGACCACACAUGAGCGAUUCCUCCCUGCAGUAUAAGGGCUGGUUUACACAGUGUUUUUGUAUUACUUUAACUUUGUCACUUUACAAAUCAGUAUAGUUAAAACUAUAACCCCCUCUAGAGAAUGCAGUUAUACCAGUGUACAAGUGCUUAUACCCUUAUAGCUUAUUCUUCUUCAAGUGCUUGCACAUGUCCAACGGAUACCACUAAGGGAAACAUCUCCGACAGCUGUGCUCAGGGCGCUCGCACACCUAAAUCAGAAUGGACACGUGCAACACAUCUCAAAGAACAUGUUACAAAAGUAGGUAACCGUUUGUUCCUGAACAUUUAUGGGAAUAAUCUAUGCUACUGUAGGCACCUUUACAGCGACAUAACUGCAUCCACACUAAGGAGGGGGUUGUAGUACUUUAAUUAGGUCAGUUUCUAAACAGAUACAGAUAAAGCUGUCUAUUAACAAGUCCUAAGACUGGCUGAUGCCUUACAACUCAGGCUGAGAAUUUAAAAUGAAGUAAUCGCCAGCCAUGGCUUUUCCGAUUAGAUUGAUCAAACGUGUCCUGUUUAUAAUGCCUUCAGCCUUUUACUUUCCUCGAGAAGAUGGUCAAGAAUAUAGUUAGGGGGAAAAAAACAAACAACUUAAUGGAUAUAUAACAACAACCCCUGUGCUGCCCAGGGAGGAGAAAUGUCCCCAUUUAUUUUGAAUACAUGUGGAAGGCCAUCAGACAUCCUAUCAUUGGCCGGCAUCCUACCCCAUCAUCUGUCAGCCACAGUGAGUGGAUAACCCAGGCUUUGGUUCCAUGGGCUUGUUUCUGUGUAUUUCCAUCUGGUGCAAGGAAUGUGCCAUGGAGAGUAGCUGAGGGACAGCUGAGUUUGGGUAUUGGAGAGGCAGCAUUUACCAUGAAUGGGGGUGUAUAAAUACGUUACUGUUUAUGACCUAUCCGUAGGGCGAACAACAUGUGAUGCACGAUUUGAGCUGAACGCAUGGGUACCAAUGUAGGCAGCCCUCGGAGGCUUACACAUGUGAGCAUCAGGUCUUAUUUGUGAGGCAAUCCAGCAGGGCAUUGCCCAGUUUGCUGUUUGUACUGAGCUUCUGGGCCUGUUGUCAAGCAGAAGUGCCAGCCACCACUUAUGCAGCUCUGUUGAGGAGUAACAGAAAAACAGCAAAGAGUGCAAAGAGACUUUAUUCUUGGCAAUAUUCUUGAAACAGGAGUGAGUCCUAAUUUAAUAUAUCCAGCUUCGCUACAGACUCUGUGAGAGGUCCCUGCAGAACAGGAUUUAACAAUCUUGACUCUAUCUCCCAUCUGCAUGCUGCUUCCUAAGCAUAAAGUGGCCUUCUUAUCCCAGUUACUAAUCUAGUUAAUCUGUUCACAGCCAAGACCCUCUUUAACCCUCACUUCUACCAGACAUUCAUGAAACAGAAAAAUGUCACUCAAAAUUAUUUGUUCCUCUGGGCUCCUCAGUGAGUCUUGUCUUCUUAUUUCCAUUGGGUCACAUUCGGACACUUAGCCUGCUCCUCUGUGCAGACCUACGCAAACCAUAAGUAGAACUGGUUGAAAACUAAAAACUAGUUUUACAACAAAAGUUUCAAAUUUCAACAAUGAUUUAAUUUGAAAGGAUUCAGAAUAGACAAAUUAUUCACAUAUUUGAAAUUUUGCAGGGAUUUCUUUUAAUCAAACUUUUUUCCACAUUUUUUUAUCAAAAUGGUGUUUGGCAUUUUUUCAGGACCUGAGCCCAGUUUUUAUUAAACAAUCAAACAAACAAACUCCCCAAUAACCAGUUGAAGAAUAUUUUUGAAUAAAAUAUACAAACAUUUUCACACAAAAUGAAAAUUUUGGACAAUGUUAACAAUUUAUCAUGAAAAAAAAUCCUUUUUUGAAAAAAAGGGGAACGCAACACAUAAUUAGACUGUGGAACUCACUGCCACAAUAUCCCAUUGAGGCCAAGAACUUAACAGGAUUCAAAAAGACUGGAUAAUUAUAUGAAUAUCAAGAAUAUCCAGUUAUAAUAAUUCAUGAUAACACAGAUUUUGGAAGGUGUAUUAAGCCUCCUGCUUCAGGACUUAAGACAAUAUCUAUUAAAGAGCUGAAGAACCUGAGUGGAGGACAGGUUAUCUCACAACUUCUGAUGCAUCUGCUGUUGACUGCCAUCAGAGACCAGCAACUGGAUAGGUUAUGUGAGUGAUCCAGUCUGGGAGCUCCUAUGGAAUUUCCCCCUUAGAUUAUAACCACUUUGCAGCAGGGAUGGCCUUCGUUCUCUGUCUCGUACAGUGCCAAGCACGUUACCAGCAUUUAACUAAUAAUUAAUUAAGAAAGCACUGAUUGUGCUUGGUGCCACCCUCAUUUGUUUACCAAGAUCUAGUGGGCCAAGCUUCCCAAGAGAAUUGCUGGCACAAAAGGGCUGUUACAUGAGUGAUUUCCCAGCCUGUGCAGAUUUCUCAGCCCUUUGGGAACAGCUGGGCCCAAAGCCUCAAGCAUUCAGUUGAACAGUGCCUCAGGAGAGAUCAGCGUCUUGUUUCACCAAGCCCAUCUGCCUGCAGCAUACCCACAUUCAGCUCCGACUCCUCAGACAAACUGCUGUCACUACCAGCAGAGCUGACUGGAGAUGUUUUGAAAAAUCAGACUACUAUGUGUAAACAUGAUGAGAGGAUAUGGGAGAAGCCAUCUUGCCACCAGGCACAUACGGUGCAGGCCUAUGCACGAAGGCCCCAAUUCUGCAAACACUCAUGCAUGUGCUUGACUUUAAUGGGUCUCCUCAGCUGGGUACAGUUAAGCGCGUGCAAAAGUGUUGGCACACUUGGGGCCCACACUUGUGUUUAAAUGUAGGGGGACAGUUGAAGUUGGAAGCUCAAAAUAUGACACCCGCCCUCUUUAAAUAAAUGUAUCAGAGCCCAUUUUUCCUUAGCUCCUCUUAAUCAGGGAUUGCGCAGAUCACCAUGUUAGACAGCUGUCCAGAACAUUUUUGUGAGGGGUGUUUUGUAUGACCGGUAGGUCUAUUCAUUUUGUUUAAGCAUCAGUAGCCCAGUUCUCAUGAGCAACCUUAUACCAAUGAAUUACCAUGGGCUUAUGGCAGAGACAAACAUUCCGUGAAAGGCUGGAACUCUCAUUCAUUCACUAUAGAUGUGUGAUGGUCCAUGAGGCAGGGGUUAACAAAACAACCACUUGACAAUGAUUUGGGAAUAGGUGAAUUAUGACCACAGCCUAUCCUGCUGACAACUACUGCCUCACCAUCUCCAUGUGCUCCCUCUCUUUGGUGCAUUUGCUUGUCAUCUCUUGUCUGAUAUUAGAUUGCAAGCGUGUCAGAGCAGGGACUGUUUUUUUGUUCUGUGUUUGUACAGCGCCCAGCACCAGGAGGCCUUGAUGCACGGUUGAGGCGUGUAGGUACUGCCAGAACAGAAAUAAUAAUAAUCAUUAAUAAUAGAAAAAUAAUUCACUGCCUCAUUCACUGUGGAUUUGGAGGGAUUGCAGGCUAUGAAUAUGGGCCGCACAUUGAACGAUGAGGAUAAAAAUAAAUCAUGAACGGCUAUCUCAUCCAACUUGUGCACUGAGAGUGAAAUUUAGCCCUGUUCAGAGAAUAAGAAUAAGGCUCAUCCACCUCUGAAACUUAAAUCAUCAAAAAAUAAGGCUUCCAGAGGACUUAAGUAGGGCCCAGACCUUUUGUCGACUCUCUCCAUAGGGUUGAAUUUCACCCGUAAUGAGACAGGAAUCCUUCAGGAAAAAAUAGCUUGUGAUCAUGUUAAGGACUGUGUCAUAAUGCACAAUGGGGAGGCGUUAAGGUUGUUUUUUCUGACUUUGUGGGCUUGACUUUGCAAGUUUAUGAUUCUUUUACUGUAGUUCUUUGGUAUAGAUUUUUGUAUGGAGUAUAUAUUUUAAUUUCAGAAUACAAAGUGGUUUAAACAGAAAGCCCUGGCAUUUGGUUGACUGUUCCCUGUCCACCAUUCCAGUAGUGAAGGCAGGAGGUUCUGUAGUUCAUUAUUUUAUUAUGCAGAUACUAAUGUUGUUAUUAAUGUUGGGUUUUAGUGAGAUCAGACCUGGGUUCUGAUGUGAUGGACACCAUGGUACACGUCUACGUACAUAGAUAUGCUGUCACAUAGUGUUAUCUGAGGUGAGCAAUGGUUUCCAUUUAACUCAUAUUAGAAAUUUUUUCCUACUAUCUGGGCAUAUUAGGCACAUAAAUACCUUUGAAAAUCUGGGCCAAAUCUGAAAAUCUGAAGCAAAUACUCACCAACAACCACAUACCACACAACAGAACCACUAACCCAGGAACUUAUCCUUGCAACAAAGCCCGUUGCCAAUUGUGCCCACAUAUCUAUUCAGGGGACACCAUCACAGGGCCUAAUAACAUCAGCCACACUAUCAGAGGCUCGUUCACCUGCACAUCCACCAAUGUGAUAUAUGCCAUCAUGUGCCAGCAAUGCCCCUCUGCCAUGUACAUUGGUCAAACUGGAC